CGAGGCCAAAUCCUUUUCAUUAUGUCGUUAUACCUUGACGAAUACUGGUGCAGCCUGCCCCCGCCCACGCCUAGACUUUGGCGGGUGCUCCAGGACACCACGCAAUCGUACGAGGACCCGGUGGGGAACAUUCUCGCACGGGGCAGUCAACCCCAGAUGCCGGGCUCCGCCGAAGAAUCCGAAGACAAGGGAGGGGAUGCCAGCAGCAAUAGUGAUGUCCACAACAGGGUUGCAGAGGAGCAGCGUUUGUUGGAUGCCAAUCUUGAGCUGGAGAGCCUGUCGGGUGCCGUAGCGAACCUCAACAUAUGCGGCGCCGGUACCCUGGCAGCUUCAGUCGAUGCUGCUGAGGAAUUGGACGAACCUCAUGACCGAGAAACGAGCGAAAACGAGGCUCAGGAAACAAAGAAGUCAUCUCUGCCCAUCGAGGGCCCCGUUGGCGCUAAGCUUCUGCAUACCCUGUGCGCCGCCGAGCAAAUUAAUCGGGGCGCAGGACAGCUAACUGCUGAAAACGAAAGAAAUUAACGGCAGCCACGAGUACAGUACAGGGCGGUACAGGUGGCGACCCCGUUUUUUCCCGUAUCCGCCUUAAAAUUAUUUAGGCCAAGCCGAAGCUCGUGAAAACCAUCGUCGAAACCGGACCAGGUGUGUUCUCGCAUUUGAAGCAGGAUUUGGAUAGCGGUAUCAUUUGACAAAUUGCAGCCCGCGGCCUUAUCCAUCAGUCUAUUCGCGGCUCCUUUAGCCGUUCAAGCAUUUGCAAAAACGGUGACCUGUUUGGUAGACGUCGCGCCCGAUAAGCGUAUCGUUCAUUGAGCAGUAACCGUCUCUCACUCGGCUUUGGUUUCCAAUGUUUAUUACACGGCUUUUCUGUACGUCCCGCACCUGGGCGCUUUUUUGCCCCUUGCAAAUCCUGAUAUCCAAUCAUAGAGUACAUAAGGAAGGGGAAAGAAGCUGGACUAUUCGUUGGUUUGCGCCAAAAUGAUAUCCUCGCAGUUGGAGUCAAAUCGGAGAUUCCAGAGACGGGCCGAGGCCAUGAACUUCUCCGUAUUGGCAAGUUCGUAAUCACGACCUAGAAGGGUGGAUAAACCAGAUACCGGCUGUGGUGCCGAGCCUUUUUUUGUCCAGCAUGGGCCCUUCACAGCGCUUGAGAAGGCGGCGAAGCUCAUCAUUUAAGAGCUCACCCGACUCGAUAAAACCUUCCAACAUCUCUCGGUCUUCGAGGAUGCAGUUGGCCUUGACCUCGAUGGCACGCUUGACCUUGCCCGAGAUUUGGAUUAGGAGCAACCAAAGCUCACCAGCAAUCUUCUUCAUCUCGUUACCCUCUGGUCUCCUGUAAACAUAGGCGACCCAAUCGUAAAUCCACUUGCCCAGAGAGUUGGCGUCAAAAACGCUGCCAGCCAAGAUGAAGGGGGUCUCCUCGGGGUCCCAAUGCAACAGCGAACAACCUUCCGGAAUCUGGAGCCUUUUAGCGUCUUCCCGGGUAGCCUUGCGAUUUUUGUACUCAGGCGGCGGGGGAGGGGCUUGUGGACGCGAGUACGGCUCGUUGUGUUUCGAUGAAGAUAUUUUGUGCCCGUACGAACUACCAGAAGCGGUGGUCUGUGGCCUCAGCGGCGUGGACACCGACGGGCGGCGACUAUGGCUAGACCGGCGAGGCUCCGGGCCAGUCGGCACCGACUGAUACCUUGAUGGUGCAGGUGCAUAAUUAUUGUGACAAUUUUUCUUUGAAGAGGACUGGUUUCGGGUGGAAGGGGCUUGCGGCGAGAACGGCUCGUGGCGUUUUGAUGAAAACUUCUUGGGUUGCUUGUGGGUGGUGCCAGGGGUUGUCUUUGGAAUUUGCGACGUGGAAACGGACGCGUGGCGAUUAUGACUUGCCCGGUGAAGCUUCGGGAUCUCUAGCGGCUGAUAGAUACUUCUAUCUAUUCACUCCGUUUCAGUAUAAAUAAGGGGAAAUUCAUGCCAGUUGCCCUUGCUAUCGAACCACUUGUCCUCGUGGUCCUAUAGCAAGACCGCGUUCCUGAACAGGAAUACGGCCCCGACGGCCAUGGCUGACUGAUACUAGCUGAGUCGUGAUGACCAGAGCCGUUGUAAAAAGUGGGCAAUGCAGGCGCGGCGUGAAUAUGUCGAGACAUGAAGCUGAAAAGUUGCGUCGCAGGCUGUGAAGGGUGGAAAAGGUCGACAGUGGGAGAUGUACAGCACAGUGAUAAAUUUUUAACUCAUAUAGGAGGAAUGUUGUUCAGAAUGAGUUAACCGGGACUAGUGGGAAGUUUGGUUGAGAGAUUAAGUGAAGUCGUUUGCAAGUCGAUUCUGUUUCAGAACGAGAGCCGAAAUUUAUAUGAGGAAACUAGCCACAGCUCCCGGUUUCGAACAAAGCUAUGGGGCGUGCUUUUGACAAGGGUCUUGUAUAUAUUUUCUUGUCAUGAAAGGCAGGCCGGUUCCCGUUCUGGGCACACGUAUGAUUUGGACGUAACUCAAGAUUAUUAUAAUGAUGUCUUUCAAAACAUUCCUAACACAACUGGAGGAAAGAUCAUCGAUGUCUUCUGAUUGGAUGAAUAUAACCCUGGAUUUGCUGAUUUUGUCGCAGCCAACGUGUUACGGACGGAUAGGGCAACCGUUGCACCACGAGGCAAAAGUUUCGAUAAUGAGACCUCUGUCUCUACAUGGAUAAUUUCUGACCGGAUCAGUGCAGUGAUAUGUGCUUUUUGGAUUUGCUAGCUCGGUCUUCUGCGACAAACUCAGUCGGCUAAACCUAGUUUGUUGUUCAUUCAAUCAGUAAGAAGAGCACCUGGCUCGGCUUCGCGCAGACGUCCAACACUGGAACCAUAAGCUUUCGAAAGACAUCCGGACGGUAGCUGCAAUAGAUGCCACAAAAGGAUGGGCCAGUGAUGAAAAUGAUUCGGUCUCCUUGUUCCUUGGCAUAGCACCCUUGCGGGGGCUAUGGAGUCAAUAGUGGUGGUGAGGAUAGCAACGCGUCCAAGAUGCGGCGUCUCCUUCCUCCGCGUUUUCUAUUUGGUAUAUCACGCGUCAUACUAUUGGCUCUACAGCCACUGAUACGAAAACGCGAUUUUGGUGAUUGUUCUCCGGAUCCAAGCAGUUGGUCAUCACGGCAAGUCGCCUUAGUUACCCAAUAGCAUAGCAUGUCCGGGGAUUAAAUAACCCAGUCGCGGAAUAAGGGGCUCUCGAAGUGUAGUGCGAUCAGGAAUGUUGAUUGGAGACUAAGAACUGGCACAGUAACCCUUACCCCCUCAUAAUAAAGCUCGU